AUGAUGGAAUUAAAUAGAACGUGCAAAGGGCCGCUGCCUGGAGGUCGCCAGGGCGCGUCUGGAGCGAACCGCAAGCCGAGCGCGAGGUGCUGCACGACCACCCAGCAGCCCCUCGCAUCCAUCAUCCCCACCAGCUGGCUUGGUGUCGGCAGGGUCUUCGCGGGCCCAGCAAUCGGCACCCGCCUUUGGUGGAGUACGCCGCAUGCGUUGGACAACCCAGAUGAACAGCAACGCAUUGCGGGCGUAUUUUAG